CUAAUGCUUUGGGAGCCACGAGGGCUGGAGGGGACGUGGCUGGAACAAUUUGAGGGCGACAAGGCGAAGAUGAAGGAACGAUGAGACCAUGUUGCUGAUGCAGGCAAUUGUCUAUAUAUUCCUUGGAGGAGGCGAUAAUCUGAUCCCCAUUGCCACUGGGUCCGCAGUUUCUCUUUCUUGGGCUCCAGCUAUAGUGACGUCACGUGUUCUCGCGGCGCGCUAAUAUCCGCUAAAAUCAUGUCGCCUGUGGACCUGUGGUGCAGGCCCCACCUGUUCGCAACACUUUCACUUGACCACUUGCAGGUAUUCCUUCCUCUGGUAACUUUCACUUUACUUUAUCCUUUUUGAUGUUGAUCCUGGGAUCACGGCGGUUGGACUAAACCUGCCUCAACGAGGACCCAAGAACUUGCGCGACCACCGACGCGCUUGUGCCAGCUCGAAAAGCAGUUGACUCUGUCGCGAUACCUAUACGAUGCCUGCGAAACGAUCACUUGCGCGCACACGCCAGACCAAGCUCAACUUCUCUCCUGCGUCGAAUGCGUCGCCGAGACCCGCGAAGCCUACUUUUGUCGUCAGCAGUGAAAGCGAUGAUGAACCCUCUCCGAGCCGACCAGCAAAGCGCCGGCGGCUGGAACGACAAGCAGAGCGCGGGAUGAAGCAGGGUGUCCCCGUCAAUCAAAACAAGCGGGGUAUAUUUGGCAGCUCUGACAACGAGAUUAUCAUCUCUUCUGGCAGUUCCUCAGAGACCAGCGAGGGCUACGGCGAGGCACAGGCAGCACCCUCCCCAAAGAAGGGCACGAAAACUUCCAGGAAAGCUAAAAAGAUGGCCAUUUCGGACGAUGAGGCGGAGAUACGCCCAAAGGACAAGAAACGGCGGACUGCUCGAAUAGCCUCGAAGUCAACGGAGGGCCCGUCAGAGCAAGAUACUGAAGGCGAGGCAACUGUUGUUCGACGAAAAGACCAGCCGAAGCGGGGGAAGACUUCCGAAAGCUCGGAGGAGGAGGAGAUAGUGCGUCCCAAGCGGAAGGGGCGUGUGCCCGCUCCACAGCCAUCGAAAUCAUCGGAGUCUGAAAGUGAUGGAGAGGUCACCGUUGUGCCACGAAAGAAUGGACGAAGACGAUCGAAACCUAGCGGAGCCUCGGAAGACGGAAAUACUUCACGAUCUAAGAAAGCGAAACGUCGUGAGAAGCAACCUGCUCCAGCUCCAGCCGACUUAUCCGGAGACGACGAAGAUGAAGCGCGUACGACCCCGAAGAAACUGACGAGGAGGCGCAAGAGGGCGGCCGACGAGUCACUAGAGGAUGAAGCACCUCGCACAGCACAGAAAGGUCGCCGGCCCACACAACGUGAUUCUACACCAGAAGACAGCGAUGCUGAAGAGUUGGACGCGGGCUCUGAUGUAGAAGCCGACGAGCUGAAGGAAGAGCUCGCUUUCCUUCAAUCAUCCCCCCUGGGUGUGAGCAGCACGCAGAAUAAAGCCAAGUCUGCUCGUGAAAAGGCGCUGGAAGCGAUGAAGAAACGACGCGCAGUGCAUAGUGAUCCCCCAUCGUCUUCAGCUGCGCGCAAAAAGCCAGUCGUUGUGGACUCCGAUUCGGAUCUUGAGAUCAUCGCUGAAGCGCCCGAGGAAGAUUCGAAGGAAGAGCAGGGAAGCGAUGAGUCCGAAGACGAAGAAUACGGCACUACCGCACACGAAGUCCUGUACGGCGACGGCGACGACGAGGACGAAAGCUUCAUUAACGACGACGAUGCGCCCAUCGGUGUUCCAGCAGAACAUGUUCUACCACUUCAGUUCAGCAGCCUUUCGAAUGCCAAACCUCGCGACUUGUUCAAAUACGCUAUCGACUGGAUGGUGCAGAAGAAGAUCAAUCCGGCUUUCAAUUCGGAGGAUGAGAUCUACGAAAUGAGUUUCAGAAAACUUGACGAUGAGGUCAAUGGUCUAGCCGGGUCCAAGUACCAUUCUUCAGUUUGGACAGCUGAAUUCACUAAAGCGAUCAAAGCGAGACCAGAUAUUGUGAUCAACGACAUCGAUCCCCGCACUCGCGCAGUCAUGGAACCCCAUUGCGAAGCGUGCAAUCGCAGAAGCCAUCCAGCUACAUUUGAGCUAUUCUUUACCGGCCAACCGUAUCACAAGGAGACUCUUGAGCCACUUGCCGCUAACGCUUCUGACUCUGAUUCUGAAUCUGGUUCGGACUCUUCCAAUGCGUCAUCUACUGACUCGGAAGAAGCGUUGAACGGUGAGAAGCGAACGUACGAUGCACAAGGCGAGCGCAUUCCCCCUGAAUCGAAGUCUUUCACACUGGGGUCUACGUGCAAGGCCAACGCUCAAGUUGCUCACACUCUGUAUCAUUGGCGCUACCACCUAAACUCCUGGGUCAUAGACUAUCUUAACCGCCAAGGUCAUUGUACGUCUGAGGAGCUCGUACGCCGAGACAAGUUGAGCCAGCGAAAACGGCAAAAGAUCGCAAACAAAAUCGUCGAUGAGAUGGAUAGCAAUGGCGAGAUAAAGAAACUGUACCGCCAGUACAAGGAGCAAGUCAAUUUCGCGCUCGAGGCGGAGAACGAGUACAGGAAAGGUUGGGGAAGGAGACGUUAGUAUGACGCUUUCAAUACCUUCACUUUUCAGCAUGGUUGGCUUGCAUCGUGAGGAAUACUCAGCUCUCCCAUCAGGGUGCAAACAAAAAUUCGGGUACGAAGUGAUGUCCGGCAUGCGGCCUCGA